AUGAGCGCAAUCUUCAGGAGGAUCAAAGCGACCCAAGACACGCUUACGGAUGAAAUUUUGAUGCCCCUGAAGAGUUACAAGUACCAGAGCGUGGAUAAGUCUUACAUCUCGAAUUAUAUCCUGAAGCAUUAUUGGAAUGCAUUUGUCGAAGUUCUCCCGCUAUGGAUUGCUCCCAACAUGGUCACGCUAUUGGGCUUCCUUUUCAUAGUAGGAAAUGUGAUGCUCAUAGAGGUGUUUAUGCCAGAUCUCAUCGGACCGGGUCCUUCCUGGCUGUACUAUAGUUUCGCUCUUGGCAUGUGGAUGUAUUCUACCUUGGAUAACGUCGAUGGUAAGCAAGCGCGGAGGACCGGGACGUCGAGUGGACUGGGUGAGCUAUUUGACCAUGGAAUUGACUCGCUCAACUGCACCCUGGCUAGUCUGCUGGAGACAGCAGCAAUGGGCUUUGGAUCUUCCCAAUUAGGAGCCUACACCGCUCUUGUUCCCUGCCUCGCGAUGUACUUUUCGACCUGGGAGACUUACCACACGCAUACUCUCUACCUGGGUUAUAUCAAUGGACCUACCGAAGGCUUGCUGGUCGCGAUCGGAAUUAUGAUCGCUUCCGGAUACUAUGGUCCUCAGAUAUGGAGUCGCCCGAUCGUUGAAUUCCUAAAUUAUCCUCAGAUAUUCGGUACUUAUUCGGUUAAGGACGUUUGGGUUCCAUUCCUUCUUCUAUCAUUCUUUGUCGGGCAUCUGCCGGGAUGCGUCUUCAACGUCAUCGAAGCUCGCAAAAAGCAAGGCCUUCCAGUGUCAACCAUCUUCAGGGAGUGGGUUCCAAUGAUUGUCUUUACCGUUUGCAACAUUGCUUGGCUCUUCUCUCCUUACUCGACUCUGCUGGCUCAAAAUCGACUAGUCCUGUAUUGUUGGACAAUCUCGUUUGUCUUCGGACGGAUGACCACCAAGAUCAUCCUGGCUCAUCUGCUCAGGCAACCGUUUCCGUACUGGACUGUCCAGCUCACGCCGCUUAUUGGCGGUGCGGUUCUUGCGAAUCUGCCCCGGUUCGGCCUCCCUGCGGUGAGUCCAUGGGUAGAGCUUCUGUACCUGAGGGCCUAUCUAUUGUUUGCUUUUGUCGCCUACAUGCAUUGGGCGUUCUUGGUGAUCAACCGUAUUACGACUUUCCUGGGUAUUAACUGCCUCACCAUCAAAAAAGAUCGCUCGACGGCCAGGGAACAGGCUUAUCGCAACUUCGGUGAGAGCGCUUUGCAGGUCCCCGAUGCUACGGAUCCUCUCAAGGGUGGGCUCAAGCACCACUGA